UCCGUCAAGACCAUGAGACAGAACUGGACAUCAGAUCCCAGCCCUUUGCGGGUCCUGCUUUUGUGUGUGCACAUGUUCUGUCACCUGGCUGGAGCCACACCUGUACCUCAGGCCACUGCUGCUGCCUCAGCUGGGAUCACAAAGGACUCCUGCCUCUCCUGGCUCCUGACAGCUAAGCAGUGCCCAGCACUGGAGGUGACCGGGCCAGAAGUGGAAGUCCCGCUGAAUGGAAUGCUGACCUUGUCCUGUACUGCCUGCAGCCGCUCUCCCUUCAACAUCCUCUUCUGGAUGGGCAAUGGCUCCUUCAUCGAGCACCUCCCAGGUCGGCUGAGGGAGGGCAGCACCAGCAGGGAGUCCAGGGGUGAACACACCCAGCUGCGGAGGACUCUGGUGCUAGAGGAGCUGAGCCCCACCCUGCGCAACACCGACUUCUCUUGUGUCUUUGCUGAUCCCUCGCACACUACCCAGCAGCAUGUUGUCCUGGCCCAGCUCUGGGCUGGGCUGGAGACUGUGGCGCCUUCUACCCAAGAAGCCCCACCCUCCAGCAGCCCCCUCUCCCGCCUCAUCACGACGGAGAAAUUCUGAAGCCUAAUUGAGUCGUCACAUCUUCACUGAGGUCUCCAUGCUCUCACAACUCAGGCC